GCGGAUAUGUACAGAACUUUCGUCGCUUGGGUUUUUAAGGAAGAUUUGAUGGUAUUCGCAAGGAGCAGGGGCUCCAGUAGGAAAGAAAACAGUCAUCUCUCUCCCCACCUCUCUUUGAGGAGAAUGUUCCUACUUCUACAAUUAUGCAAGAAAUUGGAUGUACAUAGUCAUAGGAAGCCAGGCCAGAACGGGAAAGAAAGCAGGCCACAAAUGGAUAAAGCAAAACAAGAUGAUGGAAUAACAAUAAUGAUGGAGAGCAGCGCGAGCUAUGGGUACGGUACGGUGCCCCAAGAUAACAAGAGGAUGUCAGAUCUUCCUGCCCAAGGCGCGCUGGUGGAUACCUGCGAUUCAUGGCAGCUGGCGGACUUGUUGACGUACGGUGGACAGGGGGUGGAUAAGGUUGUUUUCAUCCUUGAAGAAGAGAGUAGGGAUGUUGUUGGUGUUCAGAUUCCAUUUUUGAGAAGUGGGAGGUUGAGCAAAGGAUGCAAAGGUAGAUAGGGGAUAAAAAAGAGAAUGCCCGUUGAGCUUGUCAUCUCCGCUCAUAUAUACCCUCUCCACUUGUCUUUUUAUUCUUCU